GAUAAGAAAUACAUUUGGGGAUUACAAUAGAAGGAAAAAGAUGAUGCCGUGGGAAGCUCGUUGUUUACUGAUUAUUCUGUUAGGUUUUUCUGGCAAAAUAUUCAGUUAUGUCAAAGUUCAGCAGCCUCAAAGGCUUCUUUUGGAUACCGAUGUUGAUGUGGAUGAUAUCUUUGCUCUUUUGUAUCUACUGAAACAGAACACAUCGGAGAUCAAAUUAGAGGCUAUCACAAUCAGCACCAAUUCGUGGACUGAUGCUGGACAUGCUGUGAACCACAUAUACGAUAUCCUCUACAUGAUGGAUCGUGAUGAUAUUGCAGUUGGAGUUGGAGGUGAUGGUGGCAUUUCCCCAAAUGGUACUAUACUCCCAAAUGUUGGUGGAUAUCUUCCUAUAAUUGAUCAGGGUAUGUCAACAACAGGAGGUUGUCGAUACAGACAAGCUAUUUCUGGACGGCUACAUAUAAAUACUAAUAAUGGCAUGCGUAAAGGUUUUCUUCCUCAGGGGACACAGAAGUAUUCUCCUCUUCAGCAACCAACUAUACAACAAGUGAUGAUUGAUACAAUAUCAAAAGGCCCAAUAUCUAUAUUUCUCCUUGGAAGCCAUACAAAUUUUGCCAUUUUCCUUAUGAGUAAUCCUCAUUUGAAGAAAAAUAUCAAACACAUCUAUGUGAUGGGUGGUGGUGUGAGAUCAAAGAAUCCAACAGGUUGUUGCCCAAAGAAUGCAAGCUCAUCAUCUUGCAAGCUUACACAAUGUGGAAACCGUGGUAAUUUGGUUUUUGGUUAUUCUAGCAAUCCAUAUGCAGAGUUCAAUAUGUUUUCAGAUCCUUUUGCAGCAUACCAGGUUUUCCAUUCUAGAAUUCCUAUCACCCUCAUUCCCUUGGAUGCAACAAAUACUAUCCCUAUAAAUGAGAAUUUUUUCACUGAAUUUAAACAUAGACAACAUACAUAUGAGGCACAAUAUAGCUUCAUGACCUUGAAGAUAAUUCGUGAUACUUGGUUCGACGAUCAAUUCUAUACGAGCUAUUUCAUGUGGGAUCUCUUUGCAGCUGGUGUAGUUGCAUCAAUAAUGUGUAACCUGCAUAAGAAUAAUGGAGAAAAUGAAUUUGCUGAGAUGAAAUAUAUGAAUAUAACUGUAGUUACUUCAAAUAAACCUUAUGGAAUAUCUGAUGGCUCAAAUCCAUUCUUUGAUGGCUUUUCAAUUCCAAAGUUUAAUUUGAAAAAGAAUGGAGUGCACAAUGGUCAUGUUCAAAUGGGGCUUCAAGAUCCAUUUUGCCUUGUGAAGAAUGCAAAAGGGAGAUGUGAGGAUGGUUACACAAAAGAGGAAACAGGUCAAGAGUCUGUGCAAGUUCUUGUUGCUACAAUGGCAAAACCAAAUAAGGAUAUUGAAAGUACACUUGACAAAGAAUUUUACAGAAGCUUUUUGGAUGUUUUAAACCUCCCUCAAUAUACUGGAAAAUUUAAUUUUACAAAUCAAUUUCCUUAUUACAAAGAAGUUCUAUACAAGCCUAAUCUUGGAAGAAAAAAAUUGGGAAAACCUAUUAUAUUUGACAUGGAUAUGAGUCUUGGAGAUUUUCUUUCUCUCAUCUAUCUCCUUAAAGUAUCUAUAGAAAUUAUCAAUCUCAAGGCAAUAUUUGUGAGUCCAAUUGGAUGGGCAAAUACUGCAACAAUAGAUGUCAUCUAUGAUGUAUUGCACAUGAUGGGGCGUGAUGACAUCCCAAUUGGUUUAGGAAAUGUAUUACCUAUGGAUGAUCACCUAAUCACAAAUACUAUUGAUUGCAAUUACAUCAAAGCUAUACCAAAUGGUAGUGGUGGAUUUUUGGAUUCUGAUACACUUUAUGGGUUGGCUCGUGAGUUGCCACGAAGCCUUAGAAGGUACACUGCAAAAAACUCUAAGAAAUUUGGAGCUCCUAGAGAUACUGAUCAUCCAGAAUAUAGACAACCAUCAGCAAUGGAAGUUUGGAAGUCUAUUUUGGAGAGAAUAGAUCAUAAACAGAAGAUUACAGUACUGACUAAUGGACCUUUAACUAAUUUAGCAAACAUUAUUAUAUCAGAAAAGAAUUUGAGCUCCAUGAUUCAGGAUGUAUAUAUAGUUGGGGGACACAUUAGUUGUGGUGAAAGUGAUGAAGGAAAUGUCUUCACUAUUCCUUCAAACAAAUAUUCAGAAUUUAACAUGUUCCUUGAUCCUUUUGCUGCAAAGAUAGUCUUUGAAUCAGAUCUCAAUAUCACACUCAUUCCACUUGGGGUUCAACGACAAGUCAGUUCUUUCCCUAAGAUUUUAGAAAAGUUGGAGGUUGUGAGGAGGAAGACACCUGAAGUUGUUUUUGCCCAUCGCUUGCUCUCAAAGCUAUACAGUUUGCAACAAAAGCAUCAUAGAUACCAUCAUAUGGAUAUAUACUUGGGAGAACUUCUUGGUGCAUCAAUCAUGGCUGAUUACAAUCCUUAUCUGAACCAAACCUUUCAAGUGAAGGCCAUUAAAGUAUUUGCUACAGGUGAUGAAUCCAAAGAUGGACAAAUUGAGAUCGAUGAAAAGCAAAGAUCAUCAGUGAAAAUAUUAGAAAGUGUAGACUUCAUGGCAUAUUAUAAAGACUUUGCAAAUUUGCUUGGUCAUAAAAAUCAAUCUGCUGUGAUUGGUAGUUUCGAUGAGCAAAAGAGAAUAUGGAGUUCACCACCAAACCAAACUAGGACCAUUCACAAGAUGUAAAUUCUCUUUUCCAAAAUGCUUUGAAGACUUUUGCUGUUGU